GGGAAGUUGAACUUACCCGCGCGGUCAAAGGCCGACUGCUUGAACGUGACUGCGAAAGCUGUGAGUGCAACAACCGCCUGCAUCUGGUCUGGCAAAAGUUUGCCACAGUUUGGAAGACAAACAUAAGACAAGACAAGACAAGACAAGAAAAGAAGACGGCUUCCAGCAAGUUUCUUUGAGCCCUCGGGAACCCUACAAGCAACAAUGGCCCGUACAAAGCAGACCGCUCGUAAGAGUACUGGAGGCAAGGCCCCCAGGAAGCAGCUGGCUACCAAGGCGGCCCGGAAGUCGGCCCCGACGACCGGUGGAGUGAAGAAGCCUCAUCGUUAUCGCCCGGGUACCGUCGCACUUCGUGAGAUUCGCAAGUAUCAGAAGUCCACAGAGCUGCUCAUCCGCAAGCUGCCUUUCCAGCGCCUUGUCAGGGAAAUUGCUCAGGACUUCAAGACUGACCUUCGCUUCCAGAGCCACGCCGUGCUCGCCCUCCAGGAGGCCUCAGAGGCAUACCUUGUCGGUCUCUUUGAGGACACCAACUUGUGCGCAAUCCACGCCAAGCGGGUUACGAUUAUGCCCAAGGACAUUCAGCUCGCCAGGCGUAUCCGCGGUGAACGUGCUUAAGUAGAUGAUCAGUUUUUACCAUACUGAAAAUAGACUUUCAAUAGUGGCGAGUGCAACAUAAUAUCGGUUUGAAGGUUCUUGCCGGUAGGUUUUGCAGCCAUGCGGGCGUGUGAUCAAGUGCGGAAGAGCAGACCACAUUUGCUAGGAUUGUUAGGAUCAUUCUGCCUAACAGAUUCAAGUUCUACUUAUGGGGUCUUUGUGGAAAGAGUCAACCUGAUGAUUACCCUUGUAUAUAGUAAAGUCUUGGUCGGCCAGCUACCCAGUCACAUGUACCACAGCCUCCCGACCCCAAUGGUUGGCCUAGUCAUGUUGAUUCUUAGCACCAAAUGUUGGUUGAGUUUCAAGUGAUUUCAUGCCAUGGUUGGGGAAGUGGCUAUAAUAGCGGAAUCACAAUUUUCUUACUGCAGCGGGCUAGGGGC